AGAACAGCCACGCCACUCCCUCCUGAGAGCCCACCGCGCCACAGCUUGGAGGAAGAGCCUGCGGGGAACUGGUUGCGGGACGCUGUCUUCUUGAGUGCAGGUGCUGGCUCUGCUGUGACCAUGCCCGUGACCUUUGCCCUCCUGCUCCUCCUGGGCCAGGCCACUGCGGACCCAUGCUACGAUCCACAGGGCCGCCCCCAAUUCUGCCUCCCGCCAGUGACACAGCUAGCUGCUGUGGCGGCCUCCUGCCCUCAGGCCUGUGCCCUGUCCCCAGGAAACCACCUUGGCCCCGGGGAAACCUGCAAUGGCAGCCUGACUUUGGCCCUGGGUGGCUCCUUCCUCCUGACAUCUGUCAGCCUGCGCUUCUGCACCCCAGGACCCCCAGCCCUCAUCCUGUCUGCUGCCUGGGCCUCAGGGGGUCCCUGGAGGCUGCUGUGGCACAGACCCGCCUGGCCUGGGGCCUUGGGGGGCCCUGAAAGCGUGACCUUCCACUCCACACCAGAUCCUAAGGCCACUGUGGUGGCCAGCCACCUCCGCGUGGAGUUCGGGGGCCAGGCUGGGCUGGCGGCGGCUGGGCUGAGAGGCCGCUGCCAGUGCCAUGGCCAUGCUGCCCGCUGUGCCGCCCGUGCCCGGCCCCCCCGCUGCCACUGCCGCCACCAUACCACUGGCCCGGGGUGCGAGAGCUGCCGCCCGUCCCAUCGAGACUGGCCCUGGCGGCCUGCUACGCCCCGGCACCCCCACCCUUGCCUACCCUGCUCCUGCAACCAGCACGCCCGACGCUGCCGGUUCAACUCUGAGCUGUUCAGGCUGUCGGGCGGCCGGAGUGGGGGUGUUUGUGAGCGGUGCCGCCACCACACAGCCGGGCGGCACUGCCACUACUGCCAACCAGGGUUCUGGAGGGACCCUAGCCAGCCUAUGUCCAGCCGCAGGGCCUGCAGGGCCUGCCAGUGCCACCCUAUCGGGGCAACAGGAGGAACCUGCAACCAGACCAGUGGGCAGUGCACCUGCAAGUUAGGGGUCACAGGCCUGACCUGCAACCGCUGUGGCCCUGGCUACCAGCAGAGCCGCUCCCCCAGGAUGCCCUGCCAGCGAAUUCCAGAAGCAACAACCACCCUUGCCACUACUCCUGGUGCUUAUAGCUCUGGUAAGACAGUCUGGCAUGGAGGUCCCUGAGUGGCAAGUGGGACUGGGGAUGGGCUGACUGGGUCCCCAGAUGGGGAUACAUGGGUCACCCAUUGAGCCCAGUCCCAAAGGUCUGGGUGCCCCAGCUGGCCAUCAAGAUGGAAUGGAGGGAUGGGCAGGGGCAGAAGGCUGUGGUCUAAGCCCCAGGAGCCCACUGCAGACAGCCUGACCCUCCCCAGACCCUCAGUGUCAAAACUACUGCAACAUGUCGGACACCAGGGUAUAUAUGAGCCUUCGGAGGUACUGCCAGCAGGACUAUGGUGAGUACUGGGGAGACAGGAUAGUUGAAGGCUACACAACUGGUUCUGAUGACUGCUUCUAAGCCACCCCCUUUCUGGCCUUCCACUUUCUCAUUUUAAAUGGCAAGGAGCGUUGGAUUCCAAAGGGCCCCUUCCUGAUCUAGAAAUUGAUGGGGCAGAAGACAAAUGGGGAGGGGGAGUGGGGAGGGGGCAUUCACUACCUUCCUGUGUCUCCUCUUUCACUAUGUUCUUGGGCUUGCAGAGUUUCAUCAUCCCCUUCAGCCUGACAUCUCUGAGGGAUGGAAGAGAUAGGGGAACUGGUUGAGUGGAAUGAGCUCUUGCCCUGUCCACCCUAUCUCAGAGACCCUUGCUGCUUCCCUUCAUGGUCCCAGAUAUUUGAGCCUUAGUCCCAAUCCCCAUAAAGACUUAUCUCACAGUUCCCUAAUCCCCAGUCCACAUGGGCUCCAUGACCCUGGGGUCUAUGACCUCAGGCUAUUCAGCUCUCUUAAGACACUCAGGAGUUCAGCCCAGCCAACAAAUCUAGACCAACGCCAGCUAUUUCUCUCAAUGUAUAGGACCGCAGACUUCUUCUCCCUCAGGAUCCUCAUCCGGACACUAGUGUUCUAGGCCUUCAAAGGUGGAAAGCUUUUCCCCACCUUCCACAGGGAUCUCCUGCCCCGCAGACCCAGCUGGCUAGUCAGAGUUCCACCCAGCCUCUCAGAAAGCACAUUUCUCUGGCCGGGUAUGGUGGCUCACGCCAGUAAUCCCAGCACUUUAUGGGGGCCGAGGUGGGCAGAUCACUUGAGGUCAGAAGUUCGAGACCAGACUGGCCAACAUGGUGAAACUCCGUCUUCACUAAAAAUACAAAAGGGCGCGGUGCCAGGAUCCUGUAAACCCAGCUACUCAGGAAGCUGAGGCACAAGAAUCACUUUAACCCAGGAGGCGGAGGCUGCAGUUAGUUGAGAUCACACAACUGCACUCCAGACUGGGCGAUACAGUAAGAUUCCGUCUCAAAAAAAAAAAAAA